AUGCAACAGAGCCCUGAAAUUGCGCAAGGAUUUUCAAAGAUUUCGAAGGAAGAAGUUAUGGAAUUUUGGGAGAAUGUGGCUAAGGAGCUAAACAGUCUCGGUCCGCCAACUAAAGAUGUAUCGAGUUGGAAAAAAGUAUGGUUAGACUGGAAGGCAUAUAUUAAAAGAAAACUUGCGGACAACAAAAGAGAACAGUUGGCAGCUGGUGGUGGUCGAAACAGGCAACAUAGUUUUAAUGAAAUGGAAGAAGAGGUAAUCCAGCUCACUGCUUUAGAGGCGAGCACGCAUGGCAUAAAAACCACGGUGAGCGUUGGAUUACCUGAGCCAGUGGGCGGAGAAAAUGCUGAAGCUGUUGCUGACGUGUCAAUGGCCUCUGCUCCCUCUCCCUCACUUCCAAGGCGUGCUCCUGCGGCACAGAAACGUCCCGAUACCUCUGCAGCAGAUUUGCUAAAAGAGCAGUUGGUCCUGCAGAAAGACUUUUAUGAAAAGAGCCUCCAACAUUUCACCCAGCAGGACACAAAGCUGGAUGAGCUUUGCUCUGGUGUUCGACGGUUGGAUUGUCUAAUCUCUGAAGCUGCAUCAUUAAAAGUGGAUGAUGAAGGCUCACUAUUUUCGUUCUCAUAA